CCCUGGCGGCAGACGGUUCGUUUUACGGGCUGUUUGAGGGUCAACAGGAAGUACUACUUGCGUGUCCCACCGCAGAGCCAAAGCGGAAAAGGCAACGACAUUAACGACAACGGCAUCCCCUAUGGCCUCUCACCACUGCAAUCGAUAGCACAAACCAUUCUUCAAUUAUGCGUUGGCUUUUCGACCACAUUGACACGCAGGAGCAAACAGCACAGUUCAGGCAUUCAUGGAUAUCGUUGGUGGCACAUUCAACCAUCUGAUUCCAAGUGACCAGCUGGAUGAUUCCUUGUUGCUCGGACAAAACCUGGAAUGUGAAGCGAGUGAGGAAUUCGAUCCGGGUCGUAGUCAACCCGAAAAUUCGCUGAAGAACAUGCUUAGUGACAAAGACCCCAUGUUUGGAUCCGCUAGUACCCAGUUUCAUUUUUUAGAAAACGAAGAUGUUAAUUUUAAGCUUGGAAGCUCAACAGAUGAAAAUCAAGAAAUGACAACGGCAGGUGUUACACGGGGUCCAUCAGACGGUGAACACAGUGAAUCCAGCUUCCCACAGGGCAGGAGGAGGAAUGCAAGUCAGCUACAGAGAAAACAAACAGCAAGCCGGGGUAGAGUCAAAGGUGCACAAGGCAGACGUUCAGGACCGCCACGUAAAGCAGCACAGAACAAACAAGAGUCGACAUCAGAGAGAGAUGAAAGUUUAGAGGAAAGAAGGGAAGCUCUGCUCCGUCGACGAUUUAAAAUCCAUGAAGUCGACUCGUCGAUGAAUCCAGUGGUCGUGUUACGCAGAUUAACUGUUACAGUGGGAGGAUAUAAAAUUGAACUUCUCCCAGGACCCUCACAAACAUUUGGAUCAUUUAACACGAGCGCUCUUCAGUCCCUGGGAUUCCAGGAUGAUUCUGUGACCGUCGAUGGUAUCGGUUUUGAUUUGGGACAAACUCAGAAUGCCAACACGGAAGAAGUUGAAAGUUUCACACAAGAGGUUGCAGGAGAAGUAAGCGUCGGCCAGUCCAGUUGCGAUGACAUGCCAACGGAUUUUGGACCUUACGUGAACCCCAAUGAAGUACAAGAACCCAACAGCACUACGCCAUUCAAGCCUAGUGUGGAAAACACAGCACCGGUAGAAACCAAAACCAAUGACCAAGUGAAAUCCCAAAAGCUAAGAGCACACAAAUCUCGAAACAAAAACGGCACGGCAGUUCAGCCUACGGUCAAAAAACUACUGAAACCCAAGCUGACGGCGUCAGCUGCCAAGCAGUCUCAUCUUAGCAGACCAAACCUCUUACAGAAGAGAUCCCUACAUCCCAGAGACAAAAAAAUCCAUGUGGGUCGACCAGAAAAUCUUCAGGGUCACAAAGGGAAACCUGUCAAAGCAGGCUUGAAACGCCCAGGAGGACAUCUUGCUUCAAAACCUUCAAAAGUACAAAAGGUUCAAGAUGGACAACCUGCACAUCCAGCCGUGAGCCCACCGGUCCCGACAUCUCCGACCGUCGGUGGAAAACUGAAAGAAAACAGAAAAUCUUCAGAUUCUGGCACUGGUGUCAAGCCUGUCCUAAAUAAAUCUCCUCAACCUUCAAAAAAACCACAGAUUCCUUCCUCACCGGUGAACAAAACUAACCCACCAGUGACAAACAACCAGGCAGAUGAGGAGCCAGAAAAGAUGAAGAUCAAAAAGCCAGAGAAGAUCCAGCAAAGACACAAGAGCAGAAAUUCUCGAAGUAUCUCCAUAGAAGAACCGCAGCUGUUUAUUCCUGAUAAUGCCCCUGUGGUGAAGAAGGAGAGCGAGGGCGACCCUCCACCUGAAACUGACGCUGUGUGGGAUCCCAGCAAGAACUGUGGAUUAUGCAAGAAACCUCACAACAACAGGUUCAUGGUGGGCUGCGGCCGCUGUGAUGACUGGUUUCACGGGGAUUGUGUGGGUCUGGAUCUGGUUAAAGUUCAGCAGAUGGAAAAGGAAGAUCAGGAGUAUGUGUGUUUGAAAUGCUGCGCAGAAGAGGACGGGAAGAGCGUCGGUCAGAUCACAGAUCAAUCAGAUGAUAAAUUAUCACAGAAACAGAAACCUCAGCAGACGCUCACUGCAGGAGGAAUUCGACCCUUCAGAAAGGACGCAGGAGACCGACGACCAUCGGAAGAAUCGGCCCAGAAAAGCGGACCUAACGUAAAGCACGAAGACAAGAAAGUAAAAGUGUCUCACACGAGCUCAAAGAAGCCGUCCACCGGACAAAUCAGACGCAGCGUUCGAGAUUCACUGGAAGAGAUACUUCUGAAACGUCUGAAGGAGUCUGAUUUAAAGGUUUCGUCGGAGAAGCCUGCUGAGUUGGCCAGGAGGACGGAGAAAGAGCUUUUUGCUCUCUUUCAGGGCGUUGACAGCAAAUACAAAAAUAAAUAUAGAAGUUUGACUUUUAACCUGAAGGAUGCAAAAAAUAAUGUGUUAUUCAAGCGUGUGCUCAAGGGAGAAGUUUCCCCAGCAGAUUUAGUGCGAAUGACUGCAGAAGAGCUGGCCUCAAAGGAACUCGCUGCUUGGAGACAAAGAGAAAAUCGACAUACGAUUGAAAUGAUUGAGAAAGAGCAGCGAGAAGUAGAGAGACGUCCCAUUACUAAAAUCACCCACAAGGGAGAAAUUGAGAUUGAGAACCAGGAGCCUGCCAAAGCACCGGAGGCCAUUGAGGUUAAGCCAGAGCCCGUGCCGAAAGCAGCAGAAGUGCAUGAGGAAAAACCUCCAGAGAUUAAAGAAGAAAAGCCUAAGAAAUCUGUGGAUACAACCAGCUUGCACAAGUCUCAUCUCUUUGACCUCAACUGCAAAAUCUGCACAGGCCGUAUGGCUCCACCUUCAGAGGAACCCAGUACAAAGGUGUUGAAAGUGUCAACAUCAGUGGUGAGGAGACAGUCUAGUGCUACAGAUGAAACUCUGCCAUUCACACCCAUAUCUGCAUCAGCACUGAUAGAUGACCUGUCCUUAAGAGCCAUGGAGGAAGGACUUCUCAACUUCUUGCCAGAAAACAGGUCAGAAAGUCUGAGUAGCAAAGAAGAUACAGCCACGUUUCUCAACAAUUUGGAGGCACUGUGGAGUGGUUUUGUUGACAUGCCGGCUGUGGCGAGGUUUCUAACAAAAGCUUAUCCGGUGUCUGGAAUACUGGAUCAUCUCACACAGGAUUUGCCUGAUAAUAUCCAAGUAGGAGGACGGAUUUCCCCUCAAAUAGUCUGGGACUAUGUUGAGAAAAUUCGGGCCUCUGGGACAAAGGAAAUUUGCGUUAUUCGUUUCGCCCCCGACACAGAGGAAGACGAGAUCUCGUAUACUUUGCUAUACGCCUAUUUUAGCAGCCGCAGAAGAUACGGCGUUGUUGCCAACAAUCGCAAACAAGUUAAAGACAUGUAUCUCAUUCCUCUCGGCUCCACGGAAAAAAUACCCCACCAGAUUGUUCCCUUUGACGGUCCGGGACUGGAAAACAAUCGUCCGAAUCUUCUUCUUGGACUGAUCAUUCGCCAGCGACCCAAAAGGGACUAUGGUGUAAUCCUGUCCAGCGAUGUCAGUGAACCUCCAAGUUUCUUGACGGAAAGCAAAACUCAGGUGGACUACAAGCAGAAGUCUCCUGUGGUGCAGGACGUAGAUCGAAGCUUCGUCGGCGUUCUGGGGACCUCGCAUGUAAAAGACACGGCAGACUUGAUUAAGUCGGUUGUCGAUGAACCGCUAUUGGAUACGGAGACGGAUGAAAAUGUUUCUUUGCGUUUUCUUCCCGGCGUGCUGAAGUUACCCGGAAACUCGACCUCCUCGAGCGACGACGUGAAAGCCGACUCUACCGCAACAGCGUCUGACGGCGACAAUCAUCCGGUGAUCAGUCCUAAAACUCCAAGCACCGCUCCUAGACUCGAUCGCUUUAUUAUCAAGAAAAAAGACUCUAAAAGCGGUAAAACUGAGCAAGCGCCGUCAAGCUCGAGUCAACAAAACAGCUCUGAAGAAAAGCCGAAAACUCUCUUAUCUCUGAGCGACAAACCAGCGGACGUAUCAACCGAGAGUUUUCUCUCCUCUUUAGCAUCGACCGAAACCAAAGAGGAGUCCGGCAGCGCUGACUUAACAAGCGUCACGGCUGCACCACCUGCUCCUGAAACGACAGAAACCAGCGCUUCAAAUGCAUCUGAAGAUUCUGUCAGUGACACUUGUCCCCAAACCCAAACCGUAUCAAGUCCAACUACAACUUUAAAGUCAUCUCCCUCUGGUAUUUUAAAGAAAGCUUCGUCUGAUAAAGAUCCCGCUGACUCACAACAGCCAGUAGCUACUUCAGAUGAAACGACUGAAGUAAUUCAACAGCCACUCGAACAACUCCCGCAAGAGUGCAAACCUGUGGAGGACAUUCAAGCCAUCACCACCAUCUCAUCUGCAGGGAAGAACGAAGGUCUCAAGCUAUCCAGGACUCAUACUUUUAACCCUAUGGCUUACAAUCCAGCAAGCCAAGCCCCACCACCAUCACCAGUUUUUCCCUCAUAUCACACUAAACACCAAUAUCACCCUCCACCGGUGCACAAUUACCCUCCUCCUAUUAACCCCGCCCCUUUCAUACCUCUUCAGCCACAGGCUCCUCCUCCUCCUUUCACGUUUCCACCCGGCCCACUUCAAAUAUUUCAUCAGAGCGAUCUUCAAGGUCGUAUGCUCGUUUCACCUUGGCAUCAAACCGUCCGUCCUCAGACGCUCCCCGCACCUCCCGUGACGUACGAGACCCCGAGGCUGCCCGAGUCCAGCUCUUCGUCCGUUCGAAAAGAUGAGAAGUGCUACGGUGACGUGGGCGACAAGCCGUCUAGACGCUCGGAGGAGACCUACAGGAAGGAAGACAGAGACCACUACGACAGACACCAUCAUAAAAAAAGGCACCACGACAAGGAGCGAGAGAAGCACAGGGAAAGAAGCCACAGUCACAAAGAUCGGCGCUCGAAAGACGAGAGGCACGAAAGACACCGAGAGAGGCAUCACAGCAGUCACUACCGAGACAAAGACAAACACAGACGGGAUUCAGAUUAUGACAAACACAAGAGAGACUCGAGAGACAGGCGAUCGUGAUCUUUAUACUCGUCUACAUCCGUUUUAUACUAACCGACG